AUGAUUACUAUCGAUUUAAAUAAUUUACCUGAUGAAGUUCUUUUCUACUCAAACGAUCAAUUUUACAAGUUCAUUGAAGAUUGUUUAGGUGUCGAUGAAAUGAACUUAUUGAAAAUACAAUCAAUUAAAAACAUCGGAAUACUGCUAAACGUACCGGACGUUUUUGCUAUACUUAGUGUGAAUUGUAAAGAACUUGUUGAUCUUAGAAAUAGUAUUUGUUUUGUCGAUGAAGAUAAUAACAAUAUUAUUAUUAAAUCAGGAAUCAAAGCUGGUAUGAACAGUGUGAUAACAACACUUCAAGAGAAAAACAGCAAGUAUAUUAAACAAACAAAAAACUCCAAAUCAUCAUCAUCAUCAUUAUCAUUAUCCUAUACAACAAAUCAUCUUCAUUCGAGUACAUCUUUGUCAAGUGCACUAAUUUCUGAUUCUAUCGAUUCGUCAUUAACAUCAACACCAACAACAGCACUGAAUUUAAUGCCGAUCAAUCAUUACAUCGAUAUAAUUUCAGGCCGCAUAGGAAAAUUUUCUAUCAACACUUUUAAAAACGUUAUUUAA